AUGGCACGGGGAUGGAACCAUCAAGCUCGAGCUUCAGCGUUCACGGUCACCGGCAAUUCGGCGUGCGGUCUCGGUCCUGUGCAAGGCGAUUGUGUGCAAUUAUCCCACGCUUUUCCUUCAACCGCGCUCACCAUAGCUCUUGAUUCUGAAACUGCAAAGAGCAUUGUCUUCUCGAUCAACACGAUCGUGUAUACAUCAGUCCCAGUCCAGUCGCGGUACGACUGUGAACUCCGAGCCCGUGCAGACAUCAAUCAGCGGGACUUCCGCUUUCAUGAUCAUCCUGCAUUGUCGCGACUUGUGCAGCUUCACACUGGGGCUAUUUGGCGUUUUAAACGGGCGAGGUACAAGGAGGCUGUGUCCGGGCAGCGUGUGGCACAGGGGACUGUGGAGAGAGAUCGGGCAAUCGCUGUUCAAGCUACAGAUAAUAAGGACCUGCAUGAUGCACUAUCCCAGCUGGAUUGGCGUGACAUUCGGGCAGUGAAGGGAGCUGGGGCUUCUACGGUCCAGACACUUUUUCGAUUGAAGGCCAACAAGCUGAAUUUAUGGAACUAUGUGCACAGUGACCGUUCUUGUCCACAUGGCGAGUGUCCCCGAGACGUACCUAUUAGCCUUCAACACGUCUUCUGGGAGUGCCCUAUUGCGAAGGCAGCAUGGAAAGACUUUGACAUUCGAUGGAGGCGUCUCGGCGACAACGUGCCUGCUAACCUUAUUGAAUCGUGCUUCAGUUUGGACCUAGACGAUACGCCGACACGUGCGUGGCGAACGGUAUGUGAUCAUGUUCGUGCUGCAGGUGCCGAGCAUCGUGAUGUUUUGUACGAGGUUUCCAGGGAUUUGUGGAGGCUGACGGUGGCGGCGACAAUUCAAGCCAUCUGGUGUGCGCGACUUCGUCUCCGCCACGAACCAGAUGCGCUUCAAUCGACAUUGCGGGCGGUAAUUUGCGUUACAGUAGACAAUGCCUUGCGCGAUUUGGUUUCAUUGAGUUUUAUAAAUUCGACACGGAUAUUUCAAAACUUCCGAAGAAUGCCGCUACCAGGGCGCUGGCUGAUUGCCUCAAGGGGACGAUUGACGGGACGAUUCUCUCGCCAUCGAUUCGAGACCGGAGCGCCUAUGUGCUUUUUUUAUGGCGGCUCGCGUGGUAAUCCCGGUCCAGGCGGAUCCGGUUCGGUCAUGGUCUGUGUUGAUCUGGACACGCGAGCAUCAGAGAUUACCUGGGCGGCGAGCAUGUCAUAUGCGCAUAACAGCACAACCAACAACAUGGCGGAAUAUUGGGGGCUUAUUCAUGGCCUCCGUCACGCUGAAACUAGACAUCUCACACCAUUGUACGUGGUCGGUGACAGCUCUUUAAUUAUCCAGCAAAUGCGGCGGCAUCGGCCUCCGCGUCAACCUCGACUCCGACAGCUUUAUCUCAAGGCGAGAAGAUGUGCGGAUGGUCUCAUCACUACCGCGCGAACAACAAAAUGGCAGACUUGGCUGCGAAUAUUGCGAUGGACUCCAAAACGUCACAGCAAACGUGCGCUACUGACAAUCGACCACUGA